AUGAAGUCCGUUCAUUUCAGCAUCUUUCGCGUUGCUCGUAUUGCUGUUGUUGUUGCAGUUACUGUUAGCAUUGUAGCGACAAAACAAGCUAUUGUAUUUGAUACUACCAAGAAAUUUUUUGAAGAAACCACAAAACAUUUUCAAACUUUACCUCCUGCUGUCGAAGUCAUUGUUGGAGUAUUUUAUGUUGGCAAUUUAAACAAUUAA